GUUAUCUGCAUGAACAGGAGUUUACAUGAACCUAUGUACAUGUUUCUGUGCAGCCUGUUUGURAAUGAACUGUAUGGUAGUACAGGCUUGUUUCCACUGCUGCUGACUCAGGUUCUGUCAGACGUUCACACUGUUUCUGCUCCGUUCUGUUUCCUGCAGAUUUACUGUGUUUACACCUACGCUCACAUUGAGUUCUGUACGUUGGUGGUCAUGUCUUACGACAGGUACCUGGCCAUCUGUCACCCCCUGCAGUACCACUCACUGAUGUCGCCUUCAAAGAUCGUAAAGCUCAUUGCUCUGUCCUGGUUGUUCCCGCUUGUUGAAUCUGUUCUUGGGAUCUUUUCCAAUGUUUACACGCAGCUGUGUGGAAACCUCAUCGAUAAAGUUUACUGUGACAGCUUCUCCAUCGUGAAGCUCUCCUGCUCGUACGUCUCAACCAGCAAAUACUUUGGGAUCGCCUAUAUGUUGACAGUCAUCUUGGGAAUGAUUGUUUUGAUUCUUUACACCUACAUUAAAAUCCUUAUAGUGUGUUUUUCUGGGUCCAAACAGACCCGGCAGAAAGCCAUCAGUACCUGCACUCCUCACCUGGUCUCAGUCAUUAACUUUUCCUUUGGUUUUUUCUUUGACAUAUUUCAGAGCAGGUUUGACAUGAGUCAUGUUCCCAGCGUUUUGCGAGUUAUUUUAUCGUUAUAUUACCUCACGUGUCAGCCACUCUUCAACCCUCUGGUUUACGGACUCAACCUGACGAAGAUACGAAGUGUCAGUAAACACUUGGUUUCAGGGAAGUUGUGAAACCUGAGCGUGUCUAAUGUGUGACACAUUUUUCAUGAAUGUUUUUAAAGAAAUGCUUUGAAUAAASCUGCUUGGACACUAUCUGUGAGAAAAAAAUCAUUUGGUUCAGUUCUAGAUGUUUAUAAAAUAAAUCUUAUUUUUAAACUAUCUUAAAGUUUUCCGGUCUAAGUUAAAGUCUACAAAAACAGAAUGUUGCUUCAGGUUGUUAUUGCUUAGCCCUCUGAAGGUCCCACGACAGGGUGAGGUUCAGGUUUAGGUUCUGGACUCUGGACAUUUGUUCUUUUUGGCCCGUUCUUUUGUAGAUCAGCUGCAUCAUGGCACAGUCUGGUCCCAGAAUCCUUUGGUCCACAGAGGAGUUCAUGGUYCUYGCUGACAUUGGGAACAUCUGAGAGGACGUUUCUUGACACGAGGCCUCUCUGAGUGUUCCAGUGUUCCAGUGUUCCCUCCUCACUUCCUCCAGCUGUCUAAUCAGUCAUCAGUCAGUCUGCUGUUUGAARUCUGCUCAGAGCUGGACUGGACCAGAAGCAGGUGAUCCCUCACGGGUUUCUCUCUUUUGAGCAGCAUGAAGAACAAACUGAAGGUAGAGGAUGAUCAGUGGAAAGCUCUGUUCUUCCUGUUUGUUUGUGAAACUGACUGGGACCAAUCCUCCAUCUCCUGCUGAUUAGUUGUUGUUUAUAUAUUUUUUAUAUUUCAUCCCAAUCCCUAAGAACAGAUGGUUUAGUUCUUGCUUGGUUUCCCUGAUUCCUGUUUCUGUUUCAAAUCUUAAGAGAAACCAGUUCUCCUGCAUCACCGUCCACCUGACCCACGCUCCACCAAACCUCGGCCAUCAUCCCCUGGACUUCUGAAUUGCUCUUCCUCUUCCCAGAAACCAGUAAAUGAAAAAGGAAAAGUUAACAUUAUAAUCUUGUCAACCGUUGGUCCUGUU